AUGAAGCCAUUGUUUGCUUUGUAUUUCCUGCUUCACACAGUUACUGCUGUUCUGAAUGUGCAAUUACUGGAAGAUUAUCUAAAUUGGCAACGAUUGAAAACAGUUGUUAUUUUUCAUUGUCUGGAUCAAAGUGACGAAAUAAACCACGUCUCGGUGCGUAUGAGUCAUGCCUUCGGAGGACGUAUUUAUUACGAAGAUAUUUCCAACUUCUCCAUUGGCCUUUGGAACCACAGUCACGUGAUGAGAAUCGAUUACCAGAAAUUAGGAGUCACGAUCGAUACAACGUGUGCGAACACUGUCGACUUGUUCAGGGUAAUAUCGGCGCACGAGUACUUUAAUGCUUCGUACCAUUGGCUGAUUUUUGGAAAUGAAUCUACUAAAUGUGUUCUGAAUGAGCAGAAUCUUAAUAUAGAUGCAAAGGUGACCUUGGUUAUCACCGCUGAGGAAUCUGGUGAAAGCUAUGAUGUAUAUGAUGUGUUCAGUCCAAUGAGGAGGCGUGGAAUGCCUCUAAAUGUGACCUACAUGGGGAACUGGAGUACACACUGGGGACUCAACAUUGUAGUUCAUCAGACUGAAUACGAACGUCGGUUUGAUUUUGGAGGACUUUGGUUAAAGACAGCAGUUACGCCCUUGAAUCUACUUCAUCAUUCAACGCUGCUGGAACAAUUGGAUAGUAACGGUACGGUAGAACAAUAUUCCCUCCAUCGUUUUGGGUAUCGCAUCAUGCAAGUUGUUAUGUUCAAACAUAAUUUCACGUUAAAAAUGAUCCGAACGUCAUCCUGGUUUCUGGAAAACACAGACGGACGGUCGAAUAAAGGUACAAUCGGACAAGUCGCGACUAAACAAUGCGAUUUCUUUAUAAAUCCUUUAUCUUUACGGCAAGAUAGAGUUGCACCUUUCGAUCAGACUAUCGUCAUAGCGGUUGCAAAAAUGCUUUUUGUGUUUCGCCAUCCAAAAAAAAGUCAGGCGAGAAACAUUUUCCUUCAGCCGUUUCGAAUUGACCUGUGGAUAGGGGUGCUAGCUGUAGUGGUGGUGACCGCCACUAUUUUGUUUGUCAUGUUUUGGACCGAAAUUUGGAAGGAACGCUACAGUUACGAAAUAGAAGAUAAUCGAUCUCUGUCUCUAAUGAUUAUUUUUGGAAUUUUGUGUCAACAGGGGUUCGCCGCUAAAACGUAUCUCAGUUCCUCUAGGAUCAUCCUGAUAAGUACAUUAAUAUUUUCUGUACUCAUCCUACAAUUCUAUUCCACAUAUAUCGUGGGCUAUCUACUGAUUACUCCACCAAAGUUCAUGAAUACGCUUAAACAUUUGUUAGACAGUGACUUGAAAAUAUUGAUUGAAGAUAUAGCAUACAAUGCAGACUACCUAAAGACAACGAAAGACCCGGUGGCAAUCGAAUUAAAUAAUCGAAAAAUUCGCAAUGAGGUUAACAAUUUUGUAAAUGUUACGGAAGGAAUCGCUCGGGUUAAACAGGGAGGCUAUGCAUUCCAGUGCGAUACAGCGUACGCCUACCCGCUGGUAAAGGCAACAUUCACGGAUAAGGAAAUUUGCGAUUUACAGGAAGUAUAUCUUAAUCCUAUUCGUCUGAUGCAGAUACCACUCCGUAAAGGUAGCCCAUUCACGGAAAUGUUUCGCAUAACAUUUUGUAAAACUGUAGAAACCGCGAUAACAAGAUACCAUCAGAAACGUUUCUUUAGCGACAAACCAAAAUGUGCUAAAGAUGAGCGAGAAACUAAGGCAGUUCAUUUUAAUGACGUUUCAACACUGUUUGUGGGAUUUACGGGCAUGAUUUUUGCUGUAUUAUUAACCGAGUCGGCCUCCCGAUGGGCCAGCAAAGUCUGCGACUGUGUAUAA